AAACUUUACCAAACAAAAGAAACAGAAGAAAUUCAUUCAGAUUCUCUCUCCCUCCCUCCCUAUCUGCUCUUUGUUUUUUCUUUCUUGCUUGCAACUUUCUGCCUGCGAUGCUAACAUCGUACUUUCGGAUUACGUAGCUGUCGUUACAAAUUCAUCUAGAUUACACGAAUCCCUCUGUUUGAGGUUGGGGCGAAAUUCAAGGUUUAGAGAGAGAGAGAGGAAUAAGAAUGGGUUCGGAGGCGAACUCAUCGUCGUCUCCGAGUGGGAAGCGAAGUAGAGAUCCAGAAGACGAGGUUUAUCUCGACAAUCUCCACUCUCACAAGCGCUAUCUCAGCGAGAUAAUGGCGUCGAGUUUGAAUGGAUUAACAGUUGGAGACCCCCUUCCUGACAACCUCAUGGAAUCUCCAGCUAGGUCAGACAACUUAAUAUAUCUCAGGGAGCAUAUGAUGGUGGAUUCAACAAAAAAUUGUGGCGGCACUCAAAAUCAGGAUGACAUGUCCAUACAGUACUCUCCAAUGUCAGAUGACUCGGAUGACUCUCGAUAUUGUGAUACUACUCCAAUAAACACUUGCUCAUCCCAACCCGAAAGCCUACAAACUAGUCCAGUUUCUCCUUACAGAUAUCAAAGACCACUGAGUGGAUUCUCUUAUGCUCCGCCAACCACCACUUCAAACCCUUCCCACAGCGGCAGCAUCCCCAGUGCCACCUCCUCACAACCUCGUCAACGAAACACAGAUUCCGAGGGCCGUUUUCCUUCUUCACCCAGUGAUAUAUGCCACUCUGCAGACUUGAGGAGGGCUGCGCUCUUGCGGUCCGUGCAGAUGAGAACUCAACCUGUGGGCCCUUCCCCUUUUGAAUUGCCCUUCAGUUCAGGACAAGAGUCCGUACAUAAUAUAGAAGAAACGGAGGAGCGGCCAUGCUCCUUCAUGAAGUCCUUGGUUGACCACAGGGACUAUCCAAUUGAAGAAUGCUCUUCCUUUAGUAUACCCGAGCCUGAAUACAGCAUGGAAAAGUCUUGCACGGUGGUCAACAUGAAAGUGGAUGAGCCCACGCAUUAUGUAGAAAGUGAGGUGCGGCCAUGCUCCUUCAUGAAGUCGUUAGGUGAUGAGAGGGACUAUCAGAUUCAAGUACGUACUUCAUUUAUUAUGUCGGAGCCUGAAUACAAGGGGGAAACAUCUUCCGUGAUGAAGAUGAAAGGGGAUGAGCCUGCUGAUAAAAUACUUUGAACAAUUGAUUCCCCAAACUUGGGCUAGUCUUGGAAAUCAUCGACACAUUCAGCCACAAGAAGAAGUCAUUUUCCUUGGUUAUAGAACAUCGUCUGUUUGUAGGUUAACCACACAGUUUUGUGCAUGACACUUUGCCAUAUUCCAGGAUCAGAGCUGGUUUAUUAUGGCAUAUCAUUUCUCUUUCUCAAAAGGUUGAUUCUGGUAGAUAGAGUAGCAAUUUUUAAGGACAGCUUCUUUCUGUGCAAGUGUGCAUUACCAAAAGUGUAGUGCUUUUAAUUGAAAUUUACCAGAGUUCACUUGA